GGGUCCGAGUUGGUUUGGGUCCGAGUUGACUCGAAACCGUAGUACAUGAACCAUAGAGCAAGGAUGAACAUGAUGAACCAGAACUAGUAGAAGUAGGCCCUAGGCUAGCCCCACUAGUGUGGCACGGACUAUCACUCCCCAUCUAUCCUUAGCCACACGUCCGUAUACGCAAUUUCGUGUCCGCGUAUUGAACACUAGUGCCAGUAGUGGGGCUAGCCCUAGGCUAGAAAGAAUGUGUUCCUUACAGUAACUCCACGAAUUACUUCUUUUAACAUUUGGACAUGGUUGGGCCACCAUGUCCAAAUGUUAAAAGAGGUGGCUCAGACUAGCAGUAGCACAAACUAUGGAGGAAGGAAAACAUACAUGCACAAACCUCGACAAUCGUGGACGCUGCCAUGUUGGGAAACUAUAAUUUUCGCCACUUGGUGGCGCAACUCAAGAGAACACGUGCGUGAUUGAGCAAGAUGGCUGCAAAUAGUGGACAGGAAACACACAGAUCGGGACCAUUUAAACAGCAAAAUAAAGCCCAUAAAACCGGACGACAUCGCAGCAAAGGACAGAUAGAGACACAAGGGAAAGGCCGUGUAAAUGUCAAGACGCAAUCCAAGAAAAACAGACAUGAAAUCAGCAAAGUGGACAGGAGACAUCAAGCCCUGCAGAGAAGACAGCACAAACGUGAGGAGACAUUGGCAAGGAAACGCAGCAUCGGUGGUAGGGACAGUGCCCCUCAUCUUGUGGCUGUGAUUGGCUUACACUCAGACUGUGAUGUCAAGGGAUUGGUGGAGCAACUUCAAUCAUGUGAUGAAACCUCUGUCCAGUCACCAAGCGCCAAUGAAAAUAUCAGUGACCUCAGCAUACCAAGGUUCAAGCAUCGUCUGACCUUCUUGACCCCACCGCCUGACCUGACCUCUGUGCUGGAUGCGGCCAAAGUGGCUGACUCGCUCCUGUGUGUCAUCUCACCCUCGGAAUGCUGGGAUACCUGGGGUGACCUCUGUUUGUCCUGUCUGUUUUCCCAAGGGCUGCCUGCCACAACGGUGGUCACAAGGGGUUUGGAUAAAAUACCCGUGAAGAAGAGAAAUGAAGCUAGGAAGGUCCUCCAGAAGACAGUUGAGAGGAGGUUUGCUGAUGAAAAACUCUACACAUUCGACACGGAGCAAGAGGGUCUCUUAUUGCUACGACACAUAACCGAACAAAGGCUAAAGCCCAUCAAAUGGAAGGAUGCCAGAUCCCACCUUUUGGCAAGAGUUGUUAACUUUGAACCUAACCAAGAUCAGGAAGCUAUUGGAACUCUGAAGGUCACAGGAUUCCUGCGGGGUUCUCCCCUGUCAGUGAAUGGCCUGGUCCAUUUACCUGGGCUUGGGUCAUUCCAGAUGAGUCAGAUUGAUGCAACCCCUGACCCUUGCCCUUUGACCACAAGGGUACCAAAGAAAAAGCCAAAAGAAUCAAACAGCAUGGACAUGGAGAGUGGUGACCAUCAAAUGGAGGAAGGUGUCGUAGUCUUGGAACAAGCUGAUCCUGCCAAGCAGGAGAGUUUAGAUAGCGAAGCAAUCCCUGACCCCAUGGAAGGAGAACAGACAUGGCCAACCGAAGAAGAACUAGCCCAAGCAGAAGCUGCACUGAAGGAAGCCAACACCACCAAGACCUCAAAGCGAGUUCCUAAAGGCACAUCUGAAUACCAGGCAACCUGGAUCAUCGAUAGUGAUCAUGAAGAUGAACCAUUGGUGAACGGUGAAAGUGAUGAUGAUACCAGUGAUGACAAUGAUGAUGACGACGGUGACUUUCAAGAUGCCGUGUCCCAAAUUGACAGUGAUGAUGGUAGACUUGCUCCUAGUCAAACUGGCACUGAUAUGGAUUAUGAAACUAUAAGUAUUACCGAGGGCAACAAGGCUAAUUAUGAUGCUGACUAUGAUGAGGAACAAGAAAAAGCAAUGCUUGAGAAGUAUCGAGAGGAACGUAUGCAAGUCAUGUUCCCUGAUGAAGUGGAUACGCCGAUGGAUGUACCAGCAAGGCAACGCUUUGCAAGGUAUCGAGGACUGAAAAGCUUCCGUACAUCACCUUGGGACCCAAAGGAGAACCUACCCCAAGACUAUGCCCGUAUCUUCCAAUUUGAGAAUUUCAAUCGUACACGGAAGCGCAUCGUUGGAGAGGAGAGAGCAGGAGGAGCUCAGACUGGUAACUACAUAACCAUUCAUAUCAGCAAUGUCCCUCGAAGUUUCUUUGAUGAUUUCGAAGCAAGCAGUCCACUUGUCAUAUUUGGCCUGCUGCCACAUGAACAGAAGAUGUCAGUGAUGCAUAUGGCAAUCAAGCGAUAUCAUAACUUCACAGAGCCUGUAAAAGCUAAGGAGAGAUUGAUCUUCCAAGUUGGUUUCAGGCAGUUCUCAGCUUGUCCAAUCCUUUCACAGCACUCAAAUGGUGACAAACACAAGUAUAUCCGCUUUCUACCCAAGGAUGAUAUCGUCGUGGCAACAGUUUAUGCCCCCAUUGCAUUUCCUCCAGCCACUGUGUUGGUGUUCAAAGAAAACACAGACGGAACUCACAGUCUUGUAGCCACUGGUUCCCUGCUGGCAGCUAAUCCAGAUCGCAUUGUCGCUAAAAAGCUUGUUUUGAGUGGUCAUCCUCUCAAGAUCAUCAACAAGCAGGCUGUGGUCAGAUACAUGUUCUUCAACAGAGAGGACAUUCUGUGGUUUAAGCCAGUUGAGUUGCAUACCAAAUGGGGCCGUCGCGGACAUAUCAAAGAACCACUGGGCACCCAUGGUCACAUGAAGUGUAUCUUUGAUGGCAAGUUGAAAUCUCAGGACACGGUGUUACUCAACCUCUACAAGCGUGUGUAUCCCAAAUGGACUUACGAUCCUGUGGGAACAAGGACUCUGAAUAUAUCAGCGAGCAUGAUGGUUAAUGACCAGCUGGUAGAUGUAGACGAUGACAUGGAAUGAAUCAACCAUUCCAAGAAUGCCAUUUCACCGACAGGAACCAGUGUAGCCACACUGCAUGUUGCAUGCGAUUCAAGGAAAACUUGAUUUUAUUUUUGCAAUCCCGGUUCCAGUGAGGACUACCUUAGAUGUACAUACAUUUAACAUAAUGCAGGAAUUUCAUUGUUUUUUUAUUCAAAUAUGGUUUUUGUGUGUGCAUAAAUAUGGUGGCCCGAAUUUCUCAUACCAAAACGUUGUGUGGGGCAGCCCACUACACGUUUGAAUGGGCCAGGGUCCAGAACAGGUGCAUCUGUGACCGAAAAUCACUGUACCAAAUGACCGCUAUACGGAACAUUUUGUGUGGACCCAAUCGUGUUUGUUACAGCUUUCCUCUGUAUGCUCAAUUAAAUGACAUUAGGAUUAGGGAGAGACCAGGUUUUGAGUACGUCUCCUUAUGUACAGUAUAUUUUGAAAAGAACCAGGACAACUUCAUGUGAUAGUUUCACGCCAUUGUUUUCAAUUUCUCUUUUUUAAUAUUUACAUGAGAUUAUAGUAGUUCUAAUGGUUACAUUGUCUUUUGUACAAAAUUACAAGGCGGUGUAAAACUUACAGAGUUGCGUAAUAGUGCCUAAUGCCAACGCACUUCAUUUUAUCUUGUGAAAAAUAUUUCCACUUCAGCAAAUGUUGCAUUACUUCAUCCUUAUCGCCACUUAGAAUCAUCUGAGGUAACAAACAUUGGUGAUGUCUUUACACCUGAAAGAUAUUUAUGUGAAGAGUUUUCUAUAACCACUUGCUGCCAGGGGCAGUUAUCAAUGCUGAUGAUGCUGGUCCAGGAUAAUUAUCAUUUUUUUCUGUUU